CCCAAUUAAAAAUGGAGUGAAAAGAACGCCAACUCGGUGAACUGCAUAUGGUGAUCGAAUUCCUGGCAACACACACUAUAAACUCUCAAUUCGUCCGGCAAUCCUCUCUAUCUGUUCGAGUGUUGCAGCAAAAGAGAAGUAUUCCUCAAAUAUGCCGCUAAAGCCAGAACCUUGCAGAAAUUUUCUGCGUGGACAUUGCCGUUUUGGUGAUAAAUGUAACUUUCCGCACGUCACUCAGCAGCAGCCAAAGCCCAAUGCUUUUGGCUUUGGCUCGCAGACUGCCACACAAUCCCAACAGCAGAAGCCCAAUCCUUUUGGUUUUGGUGUCCAGAACUCGACCAGUGGAGCUCCUAAUUCUGGAGGAUUUGGGCAAUCUAAUUCACAAAAGCCUUUUGAGAAUAAAUGGGUCCGCCCAGAGAAGCCCCAGAAUCAGUCUCAGGCUGCUAGUCACAACUGCACAGAUCCUGAUUCUUGCAAACGCCAAAUCGCGGACGAUUUUCAGCAUGAGAGUCCACUUUGGAAGCUAACUUGUUAUGGACAUAAUAAACAUUUGCCAUGUGAUAUUUCCGGUGAUAUUAGCUAUGAAGAAUUGCGGGCAGUUGCAUAUGAUGAUGCAAAACGUGGCACUAGUUUGCCGUCAAUUGUUGAAAGAGAGAGGGGUUUAGUGAAUUCUAAGAAGAUUGAAUUUCAAAACUUGCUUAAUAAUCCUUACACAAAGCACACAGUUCCUGCUCAGUCCAACCAAAGUCCAUUUCCUGCAGCGGUUGCCAGCUCACCAUCACCGACACCUCAAAAUAACGGCUUCUCUUCAUUUGCAGCUUCAAAUCAACAGAAUCCACCACCUAACCUGUCAUUUGGUGUAAGGCCUUCUACUCCAUCAAAUAGUAGUGGUUUUGGGCAAUUCCAAGGUCCUGGUCAAUUUACGACAAAUACUGUUCCUUCAGGUCCCUUUAGCACUCCAGUUCCUGCACAAACAGGGGGAAAUCUGCCUGCUUCCAACAAUAGUGGCUUUGGCAAUAGUGGCUUCGGCAAUAAUGGAUUGAAAAGUGGUUCCUUUGGCACUCAAGUUCCUGCACAAACAGGGGGAAAUUUUGCGCCAAACAUAGGUGGCUUCGGUAACAGUGCCAUGAGUGGUCAAGGUAGUCUAUUCCCUGCACAAACUGGGGGGAAUACCUUCACUCCAAAUUCAUUAGGCUUUGGCAAUGUUGGGAUGACUAGUCAAGUCCCAGUGCAAAUAGGUGGAACACCAUUUACUUCUAACGUAGGAGGCUUUGGUAAUAGCGGCAUGAGUAGUCAAGGCAGCCAACCACCUUCAACUUCACUUGGUGGUGCUAAUGGUGGUCAACAAACGAUAGGCAGCAAUCCUCAAGAGAUAUCAGCUACAGAUACAGGCAUUUGGUUGAAAGAGGAGUGGAAACUUGGAGAGAUUCCAGAGCAACCACCUCCGGCAGCUUAUGUUAAAUAGAGUAUUUCAUGUCUUAGAGUGGUAUUCGGACCCAACUUUGCCAGUACCAGAGAGGAGACUUGCCAAUGAUCGUUGCUGUCUAAAGCAAAAGCUGUUAUGAUGUUGAGUUCAGUUCAUAGACUGUAUUCUUUUGUUUAUCUGAAUGUAGUCGUGAACAUUUUGUUUUCCACAUGGAUUGGUAGAUUAGUGUCUUAACACACACAUAGGGAGUACAUGUGAAUAGAUUUUAGGGAACUGACAUCAACUUAUAUGAGGAUUCGGCCUUUUGUAUGGUCGGUGAUAGUAUCAUAUUACAAUGUUAAUGUAGAUUGAUAGAACUGAGUGCUUUCCUCUUUUGGUUUCUCAUAGACUUGUGGGUUUUUCCCAGGAAGUUAAACUUGUUAAUUGUUA